CUCUGCUUUGCUUGUUUUCUUCCCCCAUUUCUCCUUUCUUUCCCCUCUAAUUUAUAUUAUUACUCCGUAUUAGAUUCCUCCAAUAGUCUUUAUUUUAUGCCCAUUUUAUUUCCCAAUGACUCUCAGCUAAAACUGAAGCACCCCAAAUCUCAAUCUUUGGUUGCCUUUUCAUACAUAAGCGUGAUUUCUAUUUUUAUAUCAUUUUGCUGUUUUCCAGUGGUUCAUCUCUGACUUUUUAUGAUACACUACAAAAAGGGCUUUAUGCACAUUAAUUCAAAUUUGCUGUGAAAAAAUAGCACAAGAAUUAAUAAAACUGAUAUAUACAUAAAAAAAUAUUUUUUUCCCCAUUUUUAUUCUGAAAAAGUCACUCUCUUCUGGGGAAAAAUCAAUUUUUUCUGCUAAUAGGAACUAUCCUCUAAAAUUGUGUUUUUGAAAUUAGGGGAGAAAUUUAAAUUUACAGAUAUGGGAAAGCAUGGACCUUGCUAUCACUGUGGUGUUACAAGCACCCCACUUUGGCGUAAUGGCCCUCCAGAGAAGCCAAUUCUUUGCAAUGCAUGUGGAUCGCGAUGGAGAACAAAAGGAACAUUGGCAAACUAUACACCUUUGCAUGCUAGAGCAGACACUGGUGAAUUUGAGGACUACAGGGCCUCCAGGGUAAAAACCAUACCACCUAAAACAAACGAAGCCAAAUUUCUUAAAAGGAAGCAGGUUCAUGACUAUGCUGGGGAUAAAGUUACUCCAGAUUAUAGUCAAUUUUUACCAAAGGGUUUAGAUGAAGACACAAGCAAUAGAUCAAGCUCUGGCUCUGCUAUCUCAAACUCUGAAAGCUGUGCCCAAUUUUCUGGUACAGAUUUUAGUGAUUUAACUGGUCCAACACUGCCUAAUUCAUUUGACAUGAUGGUGCCUUCAAAGAAGAGAACAUGUGUCGGUCGUCCAAAGCCGUCUCCAGUUGAGAAGCUUACCAAAGACCUUUGUUCUAUAUUACAGGAGCAGCAAUGUUCUUAUUUCUCUGGAUCUUCUGAAGAGGAUUUGCUUUUCGAGAGUGAUAACCCUAUGGUCUCAGUUGAGAUAGGACAUGGAAGUGUUCUCAUUCGGCAUCCAAGCUCACUUUCAGGUAAAGGCGAAGACUCAGAAGCCAGCUCUCUUUCAGUUGAUAACAAGCAAAACCCUGUAAAUGAGGCUUAUUCCCCAUGGACUACCCCUCCACCUUCACGUACUCAUAUUAAUGGUUUUAAGUCACCCUCUCUGGGAACUGAGAGCAUCAAAAGGCCCACUGGAAAAGGAGUGGAGCAAGAGUUGGUGAAAAGGAAUAAGGACCGGCUUGAAAAGUUGCAAAUGCUGGGGCAUCACACUUCGCCUUUAUGUAACAUAGACUUGAAGGAUAUUGUCAAUUUUGAGGUGUUCACAAGUGAAUUGACAACGGACGAGCAGCAGAAACUACUAAAAUACUUGCCAUCUGUUGAUACUUCUGCUCCUCCAGAUAGCUUUAUAUGCAUGUUUGAGAGCUCACAGUUCAAAGAGGACUUAUCUUGCUUCCAGAAACUACUUGCGGAAGGGGUUUUUGACAACUCCUUUUCUGGGGCGACGUUAGAAGAUCGUAAAAAGCUCAAGAGAUUUGUGAUGUGUUACUUGACAAAGUCUAAGUGGGUGGAAGAAUAUAAUCUUCUCAAGGAUGUGAAGAGUAAAGUCAAUAGCAGUGGCUCUGAAGCUGCGAUAGUGCAUGAUGAUGUUGGCACGGGUCACUCAAUGAACGUUAAAAGAUCGCUUGAUGGACACCGUCAGAAACUCUUUCCAGUACCAGCUACUACAAUGAAAUGUUCCGAAAGGUUGAUGAAUGAGGGCAGUUAUGGAAAUGAAGAAAAGGGGGGCUCAUUGUUUACUCCAAAAUGCCUAUUUCCAUUGCCCCCUUCUAAUAGUUCCCCUCUACUGGAAAGUUCAGAUCAAGACUUGCUCCUAGAUGUGCCUUCCAACACUUCCUUCCCCCAAGCUGAACUUCUUCUUCCAUCUUGAUUUCUUGCUCAAGUAAAUUUCUACUACUAGUAGCCAUGCUCUUUUGCAUGAUAUAUGGUUGUAUCCACUAAGUGGGACCGUGGAUCGGUCCGACCAGACCUGCGAUUCAGAUUUUUUGAAUUCGAGGCAAUGGAUUGCAUGUUUAUUUUGUAUAGCAUGAUAUAUGUAAUGUACAAUAUAUAUAGCUUGGAAAU